AUGACCGCUUUUAAGAAUAUCGGCGUUUAUAUGUCAUUGAAAAUCCAUUUUUUACAUCACCACCUUCAAUUCUUUGAAAAGCAGCUUGCUACAGAGUCAGACGAACAAGGAAGCGGAGGCGUACCAUUCACCCAAUUGGAACUGCUCGAGGCAACGCAUCGAGGCCUGCACAAGUUCAUAUCACGGCAUCAUGAUGAAAUUGAUCUUGAAAUUGGAGACCCCAUAUACGUGCAAAAAGAGGCUGAUGACCUCUGGUGUGAAGGCGUGAAUCUAAGGACAGGCCGGCAAGGUAUCUUUCCAUCAGCUUACGCGGUCGAUAUGGACUAUAGUGAUUUUGAUCCUACCGCGCCUAAAGUGAAGAGAGAAAGAUAUCUCCUAGGUUAUCUAGGCUCGGUGGAAACCUUGGCACAUAAGGGUACGGGAGUGGUUUGUCAGGCAGUGCGAAGAAUUCUUCGCAACUCCUUACAGGAUCCACCCGUCUCGCAGAGCUGCAUUUUGGAGGUAUCCGAUCAGGGUCUUCGAAUGGUUGAUAGAAGCAAACCGCGAAAAAAUCAGGGUCCUUGUCACGAUUAUUUCUACUCGCUGAAGAAUGUAUCGUUUUGUGCAUUUCACCCUCGUGAUCAUCGCUACCUCGGCUUCAUUACGAAGCACCCCACUUUGCAGAGGUUUGCUUGCCAUGUGUUCAUUGGUCAAGAAUCCACAAGACCUGUUGCAGAAGCUGUCGGACGUGCUUUUCAUCGGUUCUACACGAAAUUCAUCGAGACUGCUUUCCCGAUAGAAGACAUCUACAUUGAAUAAAUUACUCUCAUUGUCAGUCUCACUUACAGUGGCUGCGGAGAAAAUGUUAACUGUCACUUCCCUCUUAUCCCCUGUAUAUAUCGCCCGCUAGUUGUAGAUAUAAAAUAAUAAAUGCGAAUCAAACAUCCAAUUUAUACAUAUAUUGAACAUAUGUAUAUCUAUGUGUACGGAGCAUAUUGCGAGUAUCAAGACGAGCUCGAGCCUCUAUUAAUAGUUUAUUAUUUUUUAUUAUCAUUUUUCUUUUUAUUUGCCGUUCUUUAUCGAUCUUUUUCAAUUUCGUGUGUGUAAUCCAAUAUGAUUUUACGUAUAUCAAACAGUGAGAAAAAAUUAUUUUUAUCAAAUAACAUCAAC